AUGGAACAACUUUGGAAUGAAGAUGAUCAUAUGGACCUUGUUAAUUUAAGGCAAAUUGACGUUUCAGAGUGCCAUAAUUUAAGGAAGAUACCUAAUCUUUCAGGAGCCAUCAACUGUGAACUCCUUAAUUGCUCUUACAGUGAAAGUUUGGUUGAACUUCCUUGCCUCAAUCAUUUGGCGUCUCUUCAUCAUGAUAAGCUUUACCUUCAGGGAUGUUAUAGGCUCAAGAAGUUUCCUCAGGUCCCAAGACAUUUUUGUUCUUUGGGUUUAUUAAUAACUGAAAUAGAAGAAGUGCCUGAUUCAAUUGAGCAUCUCCACAAACUACAGAGAUUGUCGUUGAGCAAGUCAAAGGUAAUAAAAGUAUCGAUCAAUAUUUCGAAGUUGGAGCUCCUUGGUGAAUUGGUUCUUAGUAAUUGCCCAAUGAUCAAAUUUCCAGAAAUCCCAAAAAGCUUAACAAAAUUAAACUUAUCUGGCACUCAAAUUGAAGAAGUGUCGUUGCCUUUUGACUCUCUAUGUAAUCUUCAGGACUUAAAUAUGAGUGGCUCAGUAGUCAAAAAUGUAUCGAUCAAGUUGGAAUCUCUUCAUAAACUGAAUCUUAGUGAUUGCCCAAUGAUCAAAUUUCCAGAAAUCCCAAGAAGCUUAAUAGAAUUAAAUUUAUCUGGCACUCAAAUUGAAGAAGUGUCCUUACCUUUCGACUCUCUAUGUAAUCUUCAGAUCUUAAAUAUGAGUGGCUCAGCAGUCAAAAAUGUAUCGAUAAGGUUGGAAUCCCUUCGUAAACUGGAUCUUAGUGGUUGCCCAAUGGUCUAA